UAAGGAAGAAACGUCAAAAUUUUGAGGUUAUAUUAAAAAAUUAAUAGCACUUAUGAACUAAAUAAAAAUCUAAAAAAUGGCAAAGUUUUUGGGGCUGGAUAAAUUAGCAAAAUUAGUUCAAAUAGUAAAAGAUAACGGAGGCGUCAAAGCCUCUUUGUACAAACUGUACAGAUUCGACGACCUAAGAACUGGCAAGUUAGUAGGUGUUGAUAAGUAUGGUAACAAAUAUUAUGAAAACCCAACCUUCUUUUUUGGACGUAGUAGAUGGGUUGAAUAUGCUGAUUAUUAUGGAAUGGAUUAUGAUGGUAGCCAAAUACCUGCAGAAUGGUUUGGAUGGAUGCAUUACAAAACUGACCUACCGCCAAUGGAAGACCCAUCUAGACCUAAAUAUAAAUGGAUGCUAGAUCAUGUUGAAAAUUUAAGUGGUACACCAGAGCAAUAUGUUCCUUACAGCACCACUCCUAGUAAAAUUAAAGCUUGGGUUCCUCCUAAGAGAACUUAAAUUUUCAACUGAAUAAAAUGUGUAGAUCACUAUACUUGAAUUGUUUAUAAUGUCUUAGCAUAUAAGUUUAAAGUGUACCAUAGAAAAUAAAUUGUAAAUAAUUA